AUGGCUACUGCGGCGUCAUUUUUCAUUAGUCCCUGCGCAUCUUGUGGCGGUAUCACCAGAUUUCCCUUGGCCCUCUUCUUCGUUGUGCCCCUUGCCAGCCUAGAUCCCUCGCAAAUCACCUUGUUUAAAGGCUAUAGACCUGCCGAUUUCCGAGCAAGACCAGGCUGGGUGGAGGACCUCCUGCCCUACAUUUUAGCAUCCAACCUUCGGUUCUUGUCUAUCCAAUAUGAUGGUGCCAAGUACACUAAUCCCCAGCGAGUUCUUGGUAUCAUCACCAACCUCUUGGAGAGUGCCUCUUCCGUUCGUGUCAUGAAAUUGAAGAUUCGUGGUGAUCUUAAACUGCAUCCAGAACUUUUCAUCCAUUCCAAGGACCAUCUGCAUCUGCAACAUCUCAUCCUUGAUUGUAUAUCCCUGUCCGCUCCCUCCUUACUAUCCUGCGUUGGGCAAUUUCCAUCUUUAACGAGGUUGAAAAUCCGCGUGCAGAAGGGAUUCCCUGUAUUGUUCAAGAAUACAAUCACGCUCUCCCGCCUGUCAAGGCUGGAGCUUGCAGCUUGUGAAACAGAAAUUGCCGUGGCAUUUCUAGGGUGUAUCAAGAAUCUCGCAAACGUGACCGAUGUCAUUAUCUCCAUCGAGGAGAUCCUUCCGUUUGAACAUGAACUUCGACAGGUUUCCUAUGAAAUACAGCGCCUAUGUUCUCCGAGGUUUUUGCAAUAUCUGAACAUCUCUUUCAAUGAUUUCGGAUCACCUCGCGAGGCCCCACCGCCUUUGAUGCCAGAAAAUCCUGGUUUUAGUUUGCAGACAUUUCUGCCACUCAUCGCUAACUUCUCCCUCCGUGUGCUGAACCUCUCGUUGCAACUACCGCUUCUACUAUCAAGCAGGAACUUGACGGUGGAAAUGGCAUCUGCAUGGACAAACCUCGUUUCCAUCAGGAUUGAUCCUGGACAUUUGAUUCCUCAGGAUGGAGAUGCGGCGAUACCUUUCCAGAAGUUGAUAGCAUUUUUUCAGGUUUGCAAGCGCCUUCGCCAGCUCUACAUCCCGUUCCAGUAUGCAGCGUCUGACCGUUUACCUUGUAUACCAGCGACAUUUUUGUAUGACCUUGGUCUGGGAUAUAUCUCCCCGAGAUCUGAAGAAAUGCUGAUACUUGCAAGAUGGCUCAGAGUUGUUGCACCAGCACUCCCAGAGGUUUCCUUGGUGGAUGGGAGGGGCGACAUUGUUGUCUACAGUAUCUAUGAGCUCAUUGACGAGUCCGAUGUUUUUGGAAGUGUUGGUUGA